AUGCACGGCGGAAGACAAGAAAACUACGGCUCCAGCGGCAUGGGCGGCGGCAUGGGUGGUGGCUACAACGACGGCCCUAGAGAAAACUACGGAGGCGGUAUGAACAGCGGCAUGGGAGGAGGCAUGGGCGGCGGCGGCGGCUACGGGGGCGGCCGCGAGAACAUGGGCGGCGGCGGUAUGAGUGGCGGCAUGGGCGGAGGCUACGGAGGCGGCGGCCGAGACAACUACGGUCCCUCCGGCGGCAUGGGAGGCGGCCCCGGUCCCCGCGACAACUACAACGGCGGUGGCGGCAUGGGCGGUGGCAUGGGUGGUGGUAUGGGAGGUGGCGGUGGCUACGGCGGUGGCCGUGAAGACGAGGGGUUCACUGACAAGUUGAUCGAUGGUGCCGCUUCGUACGCCAAGAAGAAGUGGUAA